AUGCUCAUUUAAUAUCAAUUAAAAAUGUCUAAUUUGCUUAAAGAUUUUAAGUUGCAUUUAGAUUAAAAUAAUUAGGAAGUUAAGUUAAAGAGAAUGAACAAGAAUAAAUUUAGUUCUUAAUUUAUAAUCUAAGGUAAUGAGAUAAUUACAUAUGAAUUGGAUAAUAAUAAAAAGUUAGAGAGGAAAAUAAGUUUUGAGAAAGAUUCUUAUAUGCUUAUAUGUAAAAAUAAAUUAAUAAAAUAAGAUGAUGAUUUGGAAUAGAUGUAAAUAUCAUUUGGUCAAAAGUAAGUUUGCUUAGCUUUGAAUAAAGAAGUAAAUUGGCCAUAUGUUCCAUGUGUUCUUGGUAGUAUUUAAGAAUUAGGGAAUUGGAAUCCUUUGAAUGCUUAAACAAUGAUUUAAAAUGGGAAUACUUGGUAUCUUACGAUAUCAGUGUCUAAGUCAUUUGAAUAUAAAUUUGUGAUUACAAAGAUGUUCAGCAAUGAAAUAUGUUGGGAACAAACACCAAAUAGAUAUUAUAAUAUAUUAAAUGCACCUUAGUCAGUAGAAUUGAAGAAUGAUUGGGAAAGAAAUACAGAAUAGAAGGUACUUGCAAAGGUUCCAAAGUUUGCUCACUUUUCAAUCAACUAUAAGACCAAUUCAUAUAAUGAUUAUUUAGUAAUUGUAGGUAAUACAGAAUAAUUUGGAAAGUGGAAUCCUAGAAGAGGUAAAUAAAUGAAAAGAUAUAUUAAUUAUGAUUGGAAUUUAGGAACUAUAAUAUAGGAUGAUGAAUUAGAGUAUAAAUUUGUAAUUGUAAGUGGGGAUCAUUGUAUUUGGGAGGAUGGAGUAAAUCGUGAAUUGGAAUUAGAAGAUAGAUAAUAUUGCAAUAUAAGUAAAGUUUAGAAUAUAUUAUAGUGGCAUUUUGGAAUUAUUAAUAAAAUAGCAAGAUAAAUUGGAGAGAAUAUAAUUUGGAAUGUCCUGUUUGUAGUUAACAUAUGAAUGAAGUUUCUGUUGUUAUUGGUUAGUUAUGUGGUCAUCAAAUAUGCAUAAAUUGUAGUAAUUCAAUGGCUCAAAGGCAAUAUAUUUAAGUGAAGUGUCCAUUAUGCCGUAAAGCUUUUUUGGUUUGA